AUGGAUCAGUUCAAACAACACACAUGUUAUGCAACCAUUGGCAAGGAUGACGACAAUCCCGAAAUGGUGUCUUUGGGUGAGGGCUGCUAUUUCCCCGGCACUGUCGUCCACGAACUCAUGCAUACCGUCGGUUUCUACCAUGAACAAAAUCGUUCGGAUCGCGAUGACUAUCUAUCAAUUAAUUGGCAAAAUAUCGACGCCUCGUAUAGCGAAGAGUUCAAGAAAUUAAGACCGGAUGAGAACCAAAUACUGACACCAUUUGACUACAACUCUGUGAUGCUUUACGGACCCCUUUCC